GGCGCGGCGUGCGGCGGCGCGGGAAGGGCGGCGGGCCGGAGUCGCGGAGCGACGCGGGGCUCCGUGUCGUCAUAAGGCGGCGGCCAUUUUCGGAGGCGGCCCGGAGGGAGCAGCAUGUCCGCGGAAGUCCCCGAGGCAGCCUCAGCGGAGGAGCAGAAGGAAAUGGAAGAUAAAGUGACUAGUCCCGAGAAAGCUGAAGAAGCAAAAUUAAAAGCAAGGUAUCCUCAUCUGGGACAAAAGCCCGGAGGUUCAGAUUUCUUAAGGAAACGAUUACAGAAAGGGCAAAAAUAUUUUGAUUCCGGGGAUUACAACAUGGCUAAAGCAAAAAUGAAGAACAAGCAACUUCCUGCUGCUGCAGCCCCGGAUAAGACAGAGGUCACUGGUGACCACAUUCCCACUCCACAGGACCUUCCUCAACGGAAACCGUCCCUUGUUGCUAGCAAGCUGGCUGGCUGAUUAAAAGAGCUGAACUGCAUGAAUCUUCUAAUUCCCAUUAUUUUCCCUUAAUAUGUUACUUCCUAUCUUUUUAUUUUCUUUCAUUCACUAAGUCGUUCGAGAGUGACAGCUUUGCAGGUAGCGGUAGUGUGUGCUGCUCUUGUAAGGGAAGAUACAUGUGUAGAGAUUUUAAUUAAGGUGCACUGAUUAAAGAACAUGUUAGAGCAACAUAAAAUAAUCUACUUGAAAACAAUUGUAUAUAUUACCUAACUGCUAGUGUAGGACUGGUCCUAACAACUACUAAGCGAGUUUUACAAUUUUAAUGUUUUAGCUUUCUUUAAUUCCUCUUAAUUAUAUGUAGCUUCUAGUUACUCUUAUUUAAUAUAACCUCUAUUGUAUUGGUUUCUUCUGUAUUUUCCUUUUGUAUUUUAUAAAACAGAAGUUUAAGACCACAAGUUGGAAGAAAGGACACAUAUUUCAAAUGGAUGGGACUUCAAAAGAUGUGUAUUUCUGUGCUUGAACUUGAAUGGCCUUAAACCUCUUUCAGCUUUAACAAUAGACGUUUACUUGGGCAAUAUUUGCCCAUUCUGGUGUAACUUAUGUGACCCUAGUGCUUAACAGCUGCAGUUGAAGCUAAUAUUCAGUUCUAUAGUUAGAAUACCUUUUGUUCAAGAUAUGAAUGAAGUAUGCAUGUGCAUUGACUGUUGAAUUCACUUUUGUGCCAUUUUUGUAAAUACAGUAGUUUUGCACAACCUCUCACAAAUGUCUGUAUUAAUUUCACAUAUUAAAAAGUAGAUGAUGUGCCAACCAGAAGCACAAAAGUUCCUACACAAAACCUUGUAUGUCAUUAGAGCUUUUGUAUAGUAAGAGUAGUUUACAAUCUUGGGCUUAUGGAAUACCAAACUGAAAUCUUUGCUCAGUCUGCCAUAGCUUUUCCAUUUGUUACUAAUAUCCAUGACAUUCAGUGGCCUUGUGCAAAUAUGAUAUGUUGCUUAGGCAUAUCUUUUGUCCUAUGCAGAACAUUUCAUUUUGACUUUUAUGAAAAUUGCAAUUCUUCGAAUUUAUAUAGAUUUCUUAAAUGUAGAAACAUUUUACUUCCAUAGUCAAUUUUGGGGACACUAGAAUAAAAGGCUUCAAUACUCUGCCUCCUGUGGCCCCUCCCCCCCUUUUUUUGUUUGUUUGUUUGCUUUAACUCAGAUCAUAUUGGGCUGUGCUUUUCAGUCUAUUCAAAAGCAUAGAUGUCUAUCUUUACUCUUGAAAUUUGCUGUGCUGUAUUUUAUAACACAUUAAUGAUGCUUUCCUUAUAAUUGCCCAGUUACUUAACCAUUCUUAAUCCUGUAUUACUAAUAUUUAACAAUUGUUUAAAUAAAAGGAACUUUAUAAUGAAACAAAUACUUGAGAAGACUGGCCCAGGAACCUAUGUCAGGAAGAGCUGGAUUCUAGUAAAUAAUUUUAAGUAAUUAUGAUGAGCUAAGUGAAUUAGGCUUGUAACAAUUAGAGUAAUUUACAUGAUAGGUGGAACAUAUUCAUAUUAAAAACUUAGAUAUUUUGCUUCUAUACAUGUCGCUUUAAUAAAAUAGCAAUUUAAUUUUACCUGUUUUUUAGUAAUAACUUUAACACACUUUAUUGGGACAAAUUUACUGCUCUUUAAGCGUUCUUCCCAUAAGUUGUAAUGCUAUAGCAUGAUAAUGAGGAUCAGUAAUCUGAGAUGAUACUAUUUUUCUCUUCAUCUUUGACUUGCACAGGGCCUCCCUUUUUGGAUCCGAGCAUCUUUUCUUGAUCUUGGCUCCAUUUGUAUACUUGCUUUCCUGUGACCCCCAAAUCAUCAUGGAUGGUGCCUUGAGCAAUAGCACCUGCACUUAAAGACUACCUAACACUCUGAGGAAAGCUUGCUGGUUAUCUUUCUGCUCCACCUACCCCAGAAAGCAGAACAGCAACAAAAUCAGUAAUGUGCUAAUUUGUAAUUAUAAGAAUCAGUUAUAUAGUUAUAUUCGUGAUGGGAGCAAGUAGUUUAUUCUAGAAUAUGUGUAAUCAUUGUAGGAUUUAAGAAUUAUAAAAUACCCCAAAGUAGAAUUUCUGUAAUAUCUAGUCUUUUGUAAUGAAUAGUUGCAAGCGAUCACUAUUAAAUCUACACAUCAGAGAAGAUUAAUCUGAAAGACCAUGUUAUUCUUGACCCUGUUAGGACUCUUCCUGUGGUUUUCGAAAAGUGAUGUAACUUCUGCCUGAGUUUUAGUUUGUGAAAUACAAUGAUAAUAUUUAACCUACCUCAAAACUUGUUGAGGAUCUGUGAAAUACUGAGUAAGUGCCCAAAAUAAAAUAUUGUUGAUUGUCUUUUUAUUAAAGGUAAAUUUCCUCAUUAAACCAACCUGCCUUCUGUAAAGUCACAGUGCUUAAAAUCUCAGGAUUUUCCAUUAGGAAAGACCUGUCAUUAAGGAUUUGUAGGUAUAAUCGCUUAGCCUCCAUUAUUGGUGCUUGGGAUAGAGAGGUUUUAAAUUUUUCUAUUUUUUGUUCUGCCUCAAAGCUCAGUUUAUUGAAGACAUAUUUGCAGGCUGUUUCGCCAUUACUCAAAUGAAGAUUUUGAUUAGAUGAGAUUAAUCAUAAUUGUCCAUUUCUAUGAUUUCAGAGUUGUAGUUUGAGAAAUGGCUAAUUAUAAUCAUUGUCCUGUUUGUUAUAAAUUAGUGCUGAAAUAAACCGAAGUUGGAGAGAACGAAUUCUUCAUGAAAAUUGAUUAAUGUCUGAAAUAAAUUACCCAUUUCAUGUCUAGUAGCUCCUACUUGUAAGUACAGUUUUGAGAAACAUUUCAGUUUUGAAAGUUACAACUGAAUAAAAUGUAGUUCUUGGCACGUUGGGAUAGUAAGGAUUGUUGGAUUGUUUUGAUGGAUUGGAAAGAGCAUGUUUUCAGUCUAUUUACAAGUUAUUCAAUCCUCUUGUGCUGCUGACCUAAAAAUAAGUCUUAACUAUUCAUCAAAGGAGGCCUAGUAAGGCCUCUACUUGUUAGUACUUCAAUUGGAAUUAGCAGCUCUUUUUACUUGAUGUAACAAAACUAUACCUCUAAUAUAUUUAUUGAUCCUUUUUACAAAAUCAGACAUAUAUUCUUUCUCAAGCCAAAUAGUGAAGUUUUAUUAAAGCUGAAAUGUAAUCUCCACUUAAAUUGUGCUCUAAACUUGGUAUUUGGUGAUCCAGGGGCAGGUAGCCUAUAGGAAGAGCACAUCCGAGUGGCAAAGAAGUUUCUCUGGUGGCCUUUUCACAUUCCCCAACAUUCAAACACAUUUCUACUCUUCAUUUUCCUAAUUCACCUCAUUUUACUUCAUCCCCCAUCCCAGCUUUCUUAAGCUUCCUAAUGGCUUUCAUUAAAUGAUGUUUGGGGCUGAUGAAUUAUCUAUCUGUCCUUAAUAUCCUUCCCAGUAGAUUACAAUUAAAGACACAUUUUUAGAUUUCUAGAACACUAUCCUAAUCUGGAUAAUGACUAUUUUGAGCUACUGUCCCAACUUUGGAACUCAGCAUACACACUGCCAAUCUUCCCCACCACACCUUAUAAAGUUGAGAUAAAUCUCAUUCCGGGAUUGUUAAUCUUAAGAAUGAAAACUGAUUUUAAUAACUUGCUAGUUUCAGCCUUUUAAGUAGGUAGAUCUAUGGGUUUUAUUCUACAAAUCACUGGUGGUCAUAACCAUUAAUGUAUGUUUGUAUUAUGUUAUUAACUAAAAAGCAUUUGAAAGAAAACAUCUAAUUCCUUUAAUAUGCCCUCAAAUCUGUUAUUGCAUAUCAUUUGUAAUGCAAUAGGACACUUUGCCUGUACUAAAAGGGCCAAGAGUUUAAUGCCUUUUUUGUUGAACAUGUCUAUAGUGUCGGCAAGUUAAUGCUGAAAUUUGUCAAAUAGCCCUUCCAAAAUUAUACUUGUGAAAUAUACAGAAAAAUAAAUUGAUCUACUUACUUUCUAUUGAUUAAA